UGUGUGAAAUUUUCAAUAUCAGAGAGACCUGGCUCCAGUGUGCCUUGCAACGUGAAUGGCUGUUGAGUGUAUGAAGGGAAAUAAUGGGGGAUUUUAUUUGGGACUUUUCCUGAAUUGACAGGAAAGUGAACCCACACCAACAGCAACCAUUUGCAUCUAUAUGGCGCCCUUCGUGAGGCGUACUGCCUCGGAGCUCUGAAUGUUGGCAGAGCCCGACGCUGAGCCAGGGAAGGAGGAGGAGAUGCUUUUAUAAAACAGAGAAAAAUGGGGUUGAAUGAUUUCAUCCAGAAGCUGGUUUCUAACCCGCAGAUCUGUCAGAACCACGACGUCCACGUCUUUCUGCAAAUCGAUCAAAAUGAACCUGAGGAGGAGGAAGAGACGUACAGUAAUUCUAAUCGGUCCAGCCUUGCUUCAGAUGAAUUUGAUCUUCCCACGUCGUGCAGUGUGAAGCCAUCAGACUUUCAUUAUCUUAAGAUCAUCGGAAAAGGCAGCUUUGGGAAGGUGCUCCUCGCCAAACACAAAGACAACCAGAAGUUCUUUGCCAUCAAAGUCUUGCAGAAGAAGAUGAUCCUGAAGAAGAAAGAGCAAAAGCACAUCAUGGCUGAACGUAGUGUUCUCCUCAAGAAUGUGGAGCACCCCUUCCUGGUUGGCCUCCAUUAUUCCUUCCAAACCACAGACAAGCUCUUCUUCGUCCUGGACUACGUCAACGGUGGAGAACUGUUUUAUCACCUUCAGCGCGAGCGUGUGUUUCUGGAGCCGCGAGCCAGGUUUUACGCGGCAGAGAUCGCAAGUGCCCUGGGAUACCUCCACUCCCUCCACAUCGUUUACAGAGACUUGAAACCGGAAAACAUCCUCCUGGACUCCGAGGGCCACAUCGUGCUGACGGACUUUGGCCUCUGCAAGGAAGGCAUUGAACCUAAUUGCACAACCUCCACGUUCUGUGGUACCCCUGAGUAUUUGGCCCCUGAAGUAUUACAGAAGGAAGCUUAUGAUCGCACAGUAGACUGGUGGUGCCUCGGAUCCGUGCUGUAUGAAAUGCUGUACGGAUUGCCCCCGUUUUACAGCCGGAACACAGCUGAAAUGUACAACAACAUCCUUCACAAACCUCUGCAGCUCAAAGCCAACAUUUCAAACUCUGCUCAGGAGCUGCUGGAGGGGCUUCUGCAGAAGGACAGAACCCAGCGACUGGGAGCCAGGGAUGACUUUCUGGAGUUGAAAUUCCACGAUUUCUUUUUCCCGAUCAACUGGGACGAUCUCAUGGCUAAGAAGAUAACGGCUCCGUUCAUCCCUACCGUGACAGGACCCACUGACCUGCGGCACUUUGACCCGGAGUUCACUCAGCAACCGGUCCCCAACUCUGUUGGAAGUUCCUCCGAGGACAUUCUCAUCACCGCCAGCGUCCAAGAAGCAGCAGAGGCAUUCCUCGGAUUCUCCUACGUGCCCCCUGUGAACGACACCUACCUAUAGUCACCCAACCAGGCCAUCUUGGCAUCUUAACAGUUGACGCUGAGCUGGAUGACUACUUUCUAGAAUUCAGCACCUUAUUCGUGAAUCGCCAACUCGCUGAAGAAACCUCUUUGGCAUUUUUUUUUCCUAUCGUCCGCAGUGGAUCAUUUGGAAUUUGUUGCUUCAUCAUCAGGGUGAUGGCAACAACACCACCCACUUCCCCUCUCCAUCGUUGUCCUUGUUCAGAAGCCACCUUUCUCAGGCAGGUUGUUAAGGAGAGGAUUGUCGGUGGGUG